AUGAGCAGCCCAAGCGAAGAGAUCGAGAACCCGGUCAUUAGCCCAAGUCCAAACAUGGAAUCGCCCUCCAAGUCCGAACCCGAGACUGUCGACCUUGAGACUGUCAACCUUGAGACUGCCGACCUUGAGACUGUCGACCUGAAGACCCUUUCCAAGGAAGAGCUCGACAAGCUUGAGCGUCAGCUCCAAGAGGAGACCCGCGGCGCCGUCGAGAAGAUAGCCGCAUUGGAGAUUGAACAAAAGGAGCUUGACGCCCAGCUCGAUGAGCUCAGACCUAGAAUGCAAAAAGUCGAAGCUGAGCUCAAGUCCAAGGGUUACAAGAUCGAAAACGACCAAGUGGUCCCAAUCAUCGACCUUGAGCCACUUCGCGAAUGGGCCGUUGCAGCCAAUGCUAGAGCUGCUGAAGGCUGGCUUGAGAUUCGCGAUCGUGUUGAGAGAUGCGAGACCGCUUUCAAUCUUCGCAUCGGUGGUGUCAUGAAGAUUUUGCAGUCCCAGCCCGGCCAGGAUGCUGUUUUCGCUGAGCUGCUGCAGAAGUACCUCACAGGAGGUUCGGCAGAGGAUAUUUGUGACCCUGCCAAGCCUGAAGAUUACGAGAUUUCCGAGGAUGAAGAGGAGACUAGAGAGGAGACUGGAGAGGAGACUGGAGAGGAGACUGGAGAGGAGACUGGAGAGGAGACUGGAGAGGAGACUGGAGAGGAGACUGCAGAGGAAACUGCAGAGGAAACUGGAGAAGAAGAAUGGUUGAUGGUUGUUCGUACUCGCACUUGGUAG